CAGAGUCUUGUCUCUGAAAAGUGGAGAACGUACAGAGAUCCUCUCAAUUUACCACGGCGAUUCCAACAAAAUGACACCUCCAGUGUUUGCUUUGUAUGUGACAGGUCUGCUCUUGGUGAGAAUGGCUGAUCUGACAGCUCUUGAGCCAUCAUCAUCAUCAUCUUUACGCUUCGUAUCCGUAAAUGUUGGGGACCAGGUGACCUUGGAAUGUUUCUAUAGUAAUAAUACUGUAGCAGUGAUGUUUUUCUGGUAUAAACAGAUUCUGGGACAGAAUCCGAAGCAGGUGUCUAAAUUCUAUAAGCAUGACAAAGUUGGCACGCUGAAAGAUGAAUUUAGCAAAGAUCCACGCUUUGAACUGGAAGCUAAGUCUGGUAUAAAUCAUUUGAAAAUCUCAGAUUUACGCACUUCUGACUCUGCUACUUACUACUGUGUUAGUUAUUCAUACACAUUAGAAUUUUUGGAGAGCAUCGUCGUCAUUGUAAAAGGUUCAGGCAUGAACAUCCAAGCUGUGGCUCAUCGGUCAUCAUCUGAGACCGUCCAGCCAGGAGGCUCUGUGACUCUCAGCUGUACAGUCCACACUGGGACCUGUGAUGAUGAACACAGUGUUUACUGGUUCAGAAACUCUGAAGAAUCUCAGCCAGAACUUAUUUACACCCAUGGAGACAGGAAUGAUCAGUGUGAGAGGAAACCUGACACACAAACACACACCUGUGUCUACAACUUGCCACUGGGGAACCUGAAUCUUUCUCAUACUGGGACCUACUACUGUGCUGUCGCCUCAUGUGGACACAUACUGUUUGGAAAUGGGACCGAGGUGGACUUCAAGGAUGAGGUGGACUCUCAUGUCUUGGUGUAUUUCCUGACUGGAGCUUUGGCAGUCACCACCAUCCUGGUUGUUCUCCUUGCUCACACAGCAUAUCGCAUGUACGAGACAAACAGCUGCCAAUGCACAGGUGGGCUUAACUAUUACUCUUUACAUCCGACUCUCAAUCAAGACCUGCAGCCGCCUCAGCUCCAAGUACAGAAGGUUACCAAGAUGCAGACAGCCUCCAUUAUGCUGCUUUAAAUGAGCACAAGCCCCGCACGACAAGAAGACAGAGAGAUGACACCAGGACUGAAUGUGUGUACUCCAGUGUAAAGAACUAGAGCUGGACAUGUUUGACCUUCAGACUUUCACCUCUGUAAACUGAAAGCAAAGCUUUGUCCUGAAAAAAAUAAAAGAUACACCUUCAUUCAGAUACAACUAAGGCAAGUUCCUUUGAUGCUGAGGUGUCAUAUUUCCACUCUCGCUAUAGCUCUCAUAUACAAAGUACAAACACGUAACCACACAUAACUGAUCUCUGUGGUGCUUGCAGGGUCAGACACUCACGAGACAGAGCUCAAAAAAUAAAGUCAGUACCCUGCUGUCCAUAUCGGUCUGCAUGAAAACAACUUUAUCUUGCAAAGCAAAACCAUCACCGCUGACAGUCCCCAUGCAUGUAUAGCAUUUCCUCCUCCACACAGCCCACACUAUCUGGUACUCGUUUGUGGUGACGUACUCAAUCAAGGGCAUGUAAAACUCUCACUGAGACUACUUCAGAGUCAGUCAGAUGCAGACGUGACGCCUACACAUCGUGGUGGUGUGUCAAGAGCCAGCAAGGCUUCUCACAGCAGUGUGGCCAAAAGACACGCCAAUAUAUGAUAUAUAAAGUAUACAUGCUAUAAAGUAUACACCGUACAAACACAUCUGUGAGAGAACGAGCGCCUGCCUUAGGUGUUGUGAUAAUGUUCUUUUGUUCUUCAGAGCUUGUUUUUCGUAGAAGAGCCGACUGUGCACCACAGACACUGAUGUGCAAAACUUUUUUUUUUUCCUUUUUUCAGCCUCCGUCUGGUCGGCAGUCAAAAGACCCUCAGCUCUCUUUGUCUCUGUGGUUUCAAACAGGAUGUCUCUACAGUGUUUUCAUGCACACCUGCAACACAGCGAAACUCUGAUGCCCAGGCCAUUUCAAAUAAACUACAAUGGAACUAUUAUAAGCUGCUCAGAAUAACCAAUGCUCUAACAUGAGGUUUAAAAGGUUAGAAAUAA